AUGUAUUAUCUAAAUUACGAGGUAUUACGGAGUAGAUAUUAGCAAUUUACGCAAUUCAACAUUCUCGAGCAACUUGAAUCGAUCUAUCAAUCUCUUAAGCUCUCCUUGGAGUCCAGAGAUAGGAAUACUUUCUUUUAGGAUAAAGUGCAACAAUAACCAGAUUGCUUUCAAGUCAAUCCCAUUUAUGGUUUUGCACAACAAGCCAAUGAAUUGUAUGGCAGUUAUGGACAACCCACUCAACUCUGCUUCUAUAUGCAUCGUCAAAAGAGGUAUCUAAUGAUUGGCACCCAACAUUCAGUGAUCAUCUGCAUUGAAGUGGUAAAUGGGAGAGUGGAGUCCAUCCAAGCCAUACUCAAUGCAGGAGAACGAUAGACCAGAUAUGGCUCAGUGCUGGCAAUUCAAUGUUGGGAAAAGUAUAUGUUGGUUGGUUUUGAGAGAGGAGACAUACAAUUAUACGAAGUAGGGCGCAAAUGGGAACGCUUGCAUCACGAAUCCAAAUUGCAUUCCGGCAAAGUCGUGUAAGUCCUCUUCAUACCCUCCUCCACCAUCGAAGCACUCUCCCUCGAUGAACAUGGAGUCAUCUACAAACACUCAUUCACAGUGAUGACAGUCAUGGACAAAUACAUCGUCACUCAUUCCAAAGACAAAAUCUACAAGAAUGGCAAAAUCUAUCACAUCAAACGUAAUACCCAAUAACCAAAAUAAAAACAAUCCUCUUGGUGGAAUAAUGCCAAAAGUAUAUUCAAAAAAGAAGAAGAAAACAGUGAACUCACAGAUCCCUCGGUCAGGCAAUCCAGCGAUAAUGAUGGCUAAUUGACCAAGUUUGCUCUGGACAUUAAGUUGAUGCCUGAAGCCAUGACUCAGUAACUCAAUCAAAAUAUCCAACAAGUGGUCGUUGCUGCCAUCCUAUAUUCUAAUCGUGUUGAAAUUCUCAAAUUCUAUAAAGGUAACAAUACUGAAUUCAUCAAUCUAGGCUCACUAAAAUGCGAAAUUGUGUAUACUCUUAAAAGAAACACCUUCUCUAUUGAUACUCCCUAACAGGACAACACUGAAAGUGGAGAAUUAUCCUGGGGAGAGGGGUACUUCCAAAAGUCAUAUCAGAAUGCCAAAUUGUUAUGUAUAAGAUGGGGUGACAUAUUUCAUUUAGUCAAAUGCAUGAACAUAGAAGAUGAACUUGAAAUUGUAGAGGGUGCCGUUUACAAGAUGGAGAAAGAGAAAGGUAACAUUAUAAAGAGUUCAUUUUUAACCAAUAAUAUCAUUUAUGCAUUUUCAGAUUCGAAUUGGGUUGCCUUGAUUCAUACCACUUAAUUUUAGUUUGCCAAGUAGGAUGAUGGAAUAGUUAUUUUGGAACCUAAAUCCAGGAUGCUAUCUAAAGAGGACGUUGAACCUCAAACGGCUGAAAUUUCUGUGUCUUAUGAGGGUCCAAGCAAACCUUGUCAAGUGCAAAUAUAUGAGAAUGGCAUUGUUUCAUUGAGGAAGAAUAACAUAUUAAUUGAGAGACUGUAAACUUGGAAUGAAUAUCUGGAAGACCUGAUUGAGAAGAAUCAAUGGGAGAAAGCUAUGCACUAAGGAAUGCUCAUCUACCAAGGAUAAAUCAAAAUACUGAGUGAGAUCGCCUCCUCUCUAUCAGCACGUUAAGAAUAGAUGAGUUAAAUGUUUUAGAAGAUUGCCUUUACUCAUAUUAUGUUUGCUCUGAAACCAUUAGACAUUCCAUUAUCUUAAUAAGAGAAGGAGAAUAAAAUAAAAAAGACAAUAGAGUUCUUGCUCAGAGUUGAUAACAUGUCAUAUGCUUUAGUUGUGCUGAAGGAUUUCUUCAAAGACAUCCAAUAGAUGAAAUUAUAUUUCACUUGUUUAGAUCCCUUCAUCAAAAACAAGUAAAUUGCAUUCAUUCCUGAAUCCUUCUUUGUUGACUAUGUGAACUUCUACCAAAACGAUAAGGAAAUGAUACAACAACUCGUACUUCAAUUAGAUUUACAUCAAUAAGAACCUACACUACUAAUUAAGGUCUGCAUGGAUUAUCACUUGUAUAAGGCCAUGAUAUACUUGUGCACAAAGUAGGGAGAUUUCAUCACUGGAUUAAUGAAACUGAUGAAUCUUUGGGAAAAUAAAUGUUAAUCAGAGUAGAAGGAGCAUUGCCAUAUUGAAAAGGAGAAGUUGCGUCAAUUCAGGAUUAAGCUAGGCUAUAAUAUUUUGGCAUAUGUUCGUAUGUGUGUAAAGGGAAUCAACAUCUUGGGAGAACGUGUGCCACAUAAUAUCUAUUUUGAUAUGUUGAGGGGAUUAAAAACCUUAAACAAUUCAUACUCAUUGACAUUCGGCUAUCACUUCAAUUGCUUAUGCAAUUCAUGCAACAUCACAUCUACACUAACAUCAAAUCAGCCACACUCCCUGGAAUUUAAAUUUGAGAUCAUUGAUCAUGUUCCUGAAAUCCUGAAAUUGAUGCUGAGUGCCAUUGAAAAUACUAGACAAGAAAUCAAGACUCAAGAACACUAUCAAAUUGUAUACAAUGACAAGACUCAGCAAUAUCAUUAAAUCACCCUUGCUGAAUAACUUAACCAUUUCUUGUUAUUCUACUCUCAAUUACUCAUGUAAUUCCCAACUCAACUGACUCAAUAAUUCAAGGAGAAGCUAUUCAUAGAACUCCUCUCUCCAUCCUAUUUUCAAACCGUGAAACUAUAUAACUUCAAUACCCAAGAUUCAGAUCCUAUUUACUUAGAAUCCUAUGAAGUCAAUAAAAAUGCCUAUCUGAUUCACAUCUAUGAUACGAGUCAAUUGAACGAUAUCCCCAUUGUAUUUGAUGAGAGCACUCAAUAUCCAGAAUUCAGAGCCUUUCUUAUUUAUAAACAAAAAGGUUAUUUCGCUUGCAUUUAGAAUUAUUUCCUAAUGUCAAACUCAAUAAUGAAAAGAAACGUAUUCGAAGUUGUAGAGCGACUCUUGAUUCAUAGUGACGAGCAAUUCCUCAUGCAAUUAUAAGAGUUUAUCAUUGAUAAUUGUGAUGCAUUAAUGACGAUUAGUUAAUAAUAUACCAAUCGAAUUUUCAAGGAAUACUUCCAUGAUGUAGAAUUGCAAAGGAAAAUUAUUCAGAAAUUAGAGAAAACCCCUCAAAAUCAAUUGCAUUACCUCAAAUAAUACAUAAAGAAUGAGAAGGCCUCUGAUUCAAUCAGAUUGCUCUACCUUGAACUCCUUUGUUAAAGAGCUCCUAAGGAAGUGCUGAAGGAUGUCCAGAAUGGAGAUUUCCCUUUGGAUGAUGCCUUGGCGAUCUGCGAAAAGCACAAGGUGUAUAAUGCUGCUGCCUAUUUACUCCAAAAAAAUGGAGCCAUCUAGAAGGCUCUGGAUAUGUUGACAUUGCUCUUCAUCAAUAGAUUGAAGGAUUCUCAUAAGUCAUUUGCCAGGUCAAAGACCAUAUCGGAAGCUGAUUAGGAAGACAUUUUUGAGAAAUUGAAUUACAUAAUUGAUCUUUGUUCUAAGAUAGAGGAUGAUGGCUAUUGGUUUUAAUUUUUAGACUCUUUUUUCAAAUAGCAUAAACUAGAGCAGCUGACUGAUGUGAAGGUUCCAGAAAUCUUAAGAAAGUUGCAUGGAGACAUCGUUUCUGAGGUCUUCUUAGCCAUGUCUAAAUGCAUAGAGUUGGAGAAGUUGUUGAAUAAAAUGCAUUAACAUUAUGGUUCUAUUCCACUGAGGGUUUUUCUCAAGACCAAUUAAUCCAUCCAAGAAAAGUUCGCCUUUGAAUUGCCCUCCUACAACAUUGCUAUGCGACAGACUGAUGUCACUUACAAGGCUUUGAACAAGAAACUCUUCCAGUAGAUGAAUCAAGGGGUCUGUGUGGAUAGAUUUUGUGGGGAAUGCAAUGAUCGAAUCACUAAAUGCACCAAGGCUGUGGCUUUUUAAUGUGGACACAGUUUCCAUUAGGAAUGCUACAUUGAACUUCAUGGCAACAAUUAGAAGAGCUUUAACAGUUUGAAACUGAAAAAUCAAAAGGUUUUUUAGGAAUGCUUCACCUGUUUGGAAAAUAAUGAGAAAUACAUUGCACAUCUGAUUGUUUAGGCUAGUUUGAAGAAACUGAAGUUCGAUUUUGAUAAAUAUCUACACAGAUAGGCUCAUGUGGUACCAGAAUCAAAGCAGGUUGUUGUGCAAUACAACAAGACGGAGAGGAGGGAAAAGGCUAUCAAGAAAUUGAAAUAGGAUGACUUUAACAAAUUGUAUAUAAGAGAGUCUUCAUUAAAUUGGAAGAAUUGGUGA